AUGACAAAAAAAAAAAUAUGGAUACCAAUAGAAUCGAAUCCCGAUUCGUUGUAUUUGUACUCUUGUAAACUUGGACAACAAAAGUUAAGUUUUGUAGACAUUUAUGGUUUUAGCAAGGAUUUAUUAGAUAUGAUACCUAAACCUGUUCACGCAAUAAUAUUCUUAUAUCCAAUAAAGGAUGAUAUAGAUAAUAACAUUGGUUCAAGUCACAUAAAUACAACAAAUGACGAUAGCAACAUUUGGUUCAUAAAGCAAACCGUCUCAAAUUCUUGUGGUACUAUAGCACUUUUGCAUUUGCUUGCAAAUUUGAGGAAUACAUUUCCAUUAGAUAAAGAUUCCGUAUUGGACACAUUUUUUAAUAAAGUUGACCACCUAAAACCGGAAGGCCGCGCAAUGGAAUUUGAGAAUAGCGAUAUUAUUGAACAACUACACCAUGAGUUUUCUGGAAAUGAAUUAAAUUCAGGAGAAAGCAUUGAUGUUGACACACAUUUUAUUGUGUUCUUAGAAAUAAAUGGAAUGCUAGUCGAAUUGGAUGGAAGAAAAAAUCACCCCAUAAUUCAUGGCCAAACCACGAGCACCAAUUUUGUAUAUGAUGCUGGAAAAUUAAUCCAAGAUAACUUUAUAAGCAAAUAUCAAGAUUGCCACAGCUUUUCUGCCCUUGCAAUUGUACCAAACGACACAGUGUAA